AUGUGCCCCAUGCCGCAUUGUCUGUAUCUACAGUCAACACAGAGAGCCGCGGCGUGGGGAUCAAGCAGAGUCAGCUCUCUGUGAGCUCCCAUACUGUACAAGUAUGUACUUGUGAUUAUUAUGUUCGAUGAAUAUUUUUCUACAUGUUAUUCUAUAAUAUCGAAUUAAAUAUAAAAGACCGUAAGGUAGUUUUUAUAAUGUCAUUGUAAUGUUAAUUAUAAAUAAUUAUAGUUGCAAACUUUAUAUACAUAAUUCUAUGUCUUCUAGGAGGAUGAAUUAUUAAAAGCCGUGCGAAAUAGCGAAUCAUUACGCUUGACAUUUACUUUGCAUUUGACGGAGAGUACAUCCGUCGAGUGGGAAACAGUCGUAUGGCGUCGUUGUCUCUACAUUCGCGUGCCAAGCUGCCUUUUACCAGAAGGUUCAAAAGAAGGUUUCGUCUCUCUCUUGGAAUACGCUGAAGAAACAUUGCGAUGUAAAAAUAUCAUCAUUUGUCUGCGUAAAGACAGAACGGAUCGAGGUACUUGUCGUCAACCGUUCUUUGAGUCCAAUGAAAAUGAUUACAAGGAGAAAGAUUUUUCGUCUAAAACACUUUGUUGUUAUGGUCUAGCAAUGCUGGUUCGUACCUUCAUGUUUUUGGGCUUCAGUGUUCUACCGCCGACUCACUCCUUGGUACCACCAGGCAGUGAUGCUGGCAAUCUCUACAUGCUCUAUGUCAUC